AUGACCAAAUUUGCUAUCUUCUUGCUGUUUCUUCUCCACUGUUUCCUCUUCAUUUCAGGAAUGGCUAAACAAGACUCCAUCUCUCAAAGCGCAAGGAUACAAAAUGCAAAGCAGGUGGUGAAAGCUUCAUUUUCAGCAGCUAUACGCACAGCCCAGGCCGCAAACUCCUUCGCCUCGAAAACAAGUCCGGCUGACCUAGGCGUCAAAGACUGUAUUGAACAAGUCAGUUCUGCGGUGGAUGAAUUCAACGACUCAAUCAAAGAGCUAGGUUUCUUGGGCGGCAGUGAUCAGCAAUGCAACGAUGAUUGCCAUUUAUCUAAUAUUCAAACGUAUGUAAGCACUGCUCUCACUGAUAGCUCGGAUUGUACAGAUGGAUUGGAUGAUGAGCUGAAGAAGCACAAAAGCAGUACAUUGGUGACGAUUAGGGCAAAGUAUGGUGGUUUGGAAAAUGCAGUAAAGAAUUCUUUAAGUCUGUUCUGCCAACAGUUUGGCAAAUGUAAAUGA